GAGAGACACCAGAGAGAGAGAGAGAGAGAAAGAGAGAGAGAGAGACCCAACCAUAAGGAGAGAAGUGGGGAAUAAGACAACAACCGAAAAGGCAGAUAGUGAUAUAUAAAAAUUAAGAGCAUGGCGCAUUAAGAGGAGGAAAAGCAGAGAUAAAUCUGGAUUUCUCACCAGAAAGGGAACAAGAAUAAAAGCAUCAGCUUCGCUCAACCACUUAAGGACGUGGAUGAAAAAAGAGAGAGAAAAGGGAAAAGAAAGGAGGAAAAUAAUCAGAUCACUUGUUUUUUUUUCAUGGUCCGUGUGCGCACUUGCUGUUGGUGAGAGUGUACGUAUGUGUGUGUGCAUAUGGGAAGAGACUGCAUUGCUGUUCACUAGCAGAGGCAUCAGGAGAGAAACAAGCUGAAUCCCUCUUUUUUUCUUUCUCUCUCUCUCUAUUUCUGUAUUGCACUGUGCGGCAGGAGCAUGUUGGGUGGGUUGGGUACAGACGACAAGCUGAGCCAGCCAGAAGAGAUGGAUCUGUAAAGCUGGAAAUGGUGUCGGAUCUGGCCAGCGGCUGACUGUUAGCUGUGUUACCUGGGGUUUCUAGGUGGAGCCUGGUGGUGCUCAGCUGCCAGGGAGCGCUAAAGAGCGGCUGGGAGAGUGCCGGCGGUGGGGCCCUGUGUGGAGGGAGGGGGAAAGAACCCAAAACCUGGAGAAGGAGGGUUUUCUGCAUUUGUGUCAGCAGGGAAGUCACAUGGCUGGCAUAGGCCUUUUCCCAUUUGUGAGCUGCGGCUGUAGGAGAUUGGACUGGGAGUGACAGUGAACCACAGCUCCAGGAUAAUGGUCUGAAGAGGCUCCCGCUGCUCCGGCCUCACAGGAGGGACCCUACACUCUGGGGGCUAUUUUUCUUUUUCUUCUUUAAGUCAACCCAGGGGAUUUGUAUGUGUGUCUUCCUCCCCCUCACACCUCAUCAUCACCAACUCCGACCCCAACUGUGUUGUUUCUUUUUUUGAGAUUUGGGGGAUUUGCCAAAACCUAUUUCAUGCAUGUCCACUGGGGGCAGGUUCAACUUUGAUGAUGGGGGGUCAUACUGUGGCGGGUGGCAGGAAGGCAAAGCCCACGGCCAUGGCAUCUGCACUGGGCCGAAGGGCCAAGGCGAGUACUCAGGGUCCUGGAGCCAUGGUUUUGAGGUGGUGGGGGUGUACACCUGGCCCAGUGGGAACACCUACCAGGGCACCUGGGCGCAGGGCAAGCGCCAUGGGAUUGGGGUUGAGAACAAGGGCAAGUGGGUGUACAAGGGGGAGUGGACAAGUGGAUUUAAGGGACGCUACGGCCUCAGGGAGAGCACCGGCACCAGCGGAAAGUACGAGGGAACCUGGAACAAUGGUCUUCAGGACGGAUACGGUACGGAGACCUACUCUGAUGGAGGUACGUACCAGGGCCAGUGGCUGGGAGGGAUGCGACAGGGAUACGGCCUGCGGCAGAGUGUGCCGUACGGCAUGGCAGCCGUCAUCCGCUCUCCGCUGCGUACCUCCAUAAACUCCUUGCGCUCGGAGCACAGUAACGGGAUGGCUCUGCUCCCGGACCGGGCCGGCGUGGCGUGCGUGGGUGGGAUGGCCUCUGCUGGCAGUCCGGCCGUGUCGCGGGGGGGCUUCGUGCUCACGGCACCCAGCGAGGCAGAGCUGCUGAAGGGCAAGAAGAAGGGUCUGUUCCGAGGUCGCUCGAUCCUCAGUGGACUCAAACUGAGGAAGUCCGAGUCCAGGAGCUCUCUAGCCAGCCAGCGCUCCAAGCAGAGCUCGUUUCGCAGCGAGGCGGGCAUGAGCACGGUCAGCUCAGUCAACUCCACCAUCAGCCUGGGAGAAGGCGAGGCCGAAUUGACCGCUGCCGAGGAUGAUGUGGACGCCACGGCAACAGAGACCUACUGCGGUGAGUGGAAGAACGACAAGCGCACAGGCUUUGGCGUGAGCCGGCGCUCGGACGGCCUGCACUAUGAGGGGGAGUGGGUGGGAAACAAGCGGCACGGGUACGGCUGCACUACCUUCCCUGACGGGACCAAGGAGGAGGGCAAGUACAAGCAGAAUGUCCUGGUGAGCGGCAAGAGAAAGAACCUGAUCCCCCUCAGAGCCAGUAAGAUCAGAGAGAAGGUGGACCGGGCUGUGGACGCGGCCGAGAAGGCUGCAGACAUCGCCAAGCAGAAGGCUGAGAUCGCCAUGUCCAGGACAGCUCAUGCACGAGGGAAGGCAGAGGCGGCCAUGGGAGCAGCCCAGAAGGCCCAGGAAGAGUGUCGCCUCGCCAGGGUCACGGCCAAAGAGUUCUCCCCCUCCUUCCAGCACCGCAAAAACGGAGUAGAGGUCCAAAGGCCAAAACAUCAGAACUCCAGUGAGAACGACAUUGAGGUGGUCUCCAGUGGCACAGGGCCAGACAGUCCUGAACUCUACAUGAAGGGCACAACACCCCCAAACUUGACCCCUGACCUUAGCCCUGAGGCCAGCCACCCCUCCUCGCCCCCCUGCAGCCCUGCCACCACCAAGCCACACUGCACCAAGAACGCUCGCUUCCUGCGGCAGAGUGCUGUGGACGAUGCUGGGGGUGGUGGCGGUGGGGGAGGGGGCAGUAGUGGGCAGGAGAUCCAGGUGCUGAUGGAGGGGCGAGGAGGGGGCGAGUACCUUAGGGCCAACAGCUGGAGCGAGGACAAGGACAAGCACUCUUAUAAAGGGGGAAGCAGGGGGGGCAGCUGGGGCAGAAAUCGCUCUACCACCCCCUCUGUCCAAGAGGAAGCCAGGGGCAGCGGGCGCACAAAUGGCCACGGCCACAAGCACGCCUCCUCCAAUCACAAGUCUCGAGAGCAUGGUUCGUCCAAUCACAAGGCCUCCAGGGACCGGUGGUCGGACUGCCCAUCAGCAUCGUGGAGGUCCCAGCGGACGCACAGCGGUGACACACGACUGCUGGAGCAGGAUGAGGAGAAGCUGAGCAACUACGAGAUGGAGAUGAGGCCACUGCAGCCAAUGGACUCCAACUCCCAGAAGCCCUAUGGGCUGGGAGAGGAGGGCCAUGGUCACGGGGGCGAAGCCCACUCCCACACGCUGCAGAGACAGCGGCCUAGUAAGAGCCGGGAGGCCAAGGAGGGCAGAGACAUGGAGGCGGCACGGCCUUCAGGGGUGCGGGAGGGUAAAGAGGGCAAGGAGGGACUGGCCCCAGACUCAAUGCAAAAGAUGGACAGUCUGUGCAAGGAGGACAAGCUGGAGGCUAGGCCUCUGCGCAGGGAUCUCACCCUCUCCCCCCCACAGAAAUCCUCACCCAUUGCACUAGAACACGACGAUGACAAGAAACUGACCCAGCUCAAAGCAAACUCGAGCUCCAGCUCAAUUCUGGUCGUCAUGGUGAUUUUGCUCAACAUUGGAGUCGCAAUUUUGUUUAUCCACUUUUUUAUUUAAACAUGUAUUGCCUAUUGAUUCCUUUUAUGAUUAUACAUUAUUAUGAGUAUUAUCAUGACUAUCAGUAACCAGACCUUGACCAUUCGACACUUCUGUAAAGAAUAUAGUAAGAGGAUAAACAAUAUGGGGAUAAAGAUGGUUCCCAAUGCCCAGAUUUCAGAUAAGCAGUUAUCUGCAAAACAUCUGCAAAACAUUUUGGAUUUCUCUCCCUGAAAUUACCUGUUUUUCUUCUUAAAUCAUAGUUUAAAAACGUAUAAUUAAAAUGAUUAAUUUCCUCACAUAUGACAUGUUAAUAUAUAUUAUUUUGUAUUCCUUAAUUGCCUUUUCUCUCUGAUUAUAUUGCUGAUGUUCUUUUGAUUGAGUUUGUUUCUGGUGGCAGACUCAGAUGAGUGGUGGCACUGCCUGUAUGAUGGUGUAGUGGGUCAAAUGAGGCAGAAGAUAAUGUAUCUACUCUGGUUGUGACUGUGUCCACCUAACCUGGGUUCAAAUACUAUUUAAUAAUAUUUUUAAAUACUGUAUCUGUGCUUGAUUGAGCUUACCUGUUGCAGUGGAAACAAUAGAAAAGUCCCAAAAGUGCAAAACCAUGCCUACCUGACAGUCGAGGCAGGCCCAAGCAAAUGCUGAAAGUAUUUGAAAGAUUUCAAGUUGUAUUUGAACACAGGUGUUGUCCACCCAGUAAUACAAGGUUCAAAGGGAUGGGAAACGGCCCCCUGUCCCCUGUCCUACCCAGUGCCCUCCGAACCCACCCCAUCCUCUACCCCUGCACAUAUCACCCUUCUGGCACGUUGUUCCCCUUCACGAAUAUAAGUUCAGCCUCUCACCACCCAUCCUUCCCCUUCCGGGUAGUCCACUCAUGACAUCACACCAUAUCUUGUUACCCUCUUUUCCUUGUUUCAUGUAACUCUCCUUUCAUUUUAUACCCCACCGUGCUCCCCAAAUCCUAACAACCAACCAUUUCCACCAAGACUUCAUUUUGUUUCUUUCUUUCAUGAACAUAUGAUUCAAUAAAAAUAGGGCUGCAAAACAACUUUUGCAACUACAGAAUCUGGUCAGCAACAGGACAUGUUUACAAUCUGAAAAACCAGGAUGACCAAUACAAAUUUGCCUCUAACAACUAUAACACCAUACCUAUCUAUGUUAGUAAACCGUUUGUAAAUUUAGCAACUUGGGUUACCAAGAUUGAAACAUGCGCGAGGAUCUACUCUUUGUCAACUCUAAUCCGUCCGCAACCGGAGUAGGAAUAGUUCUGUCUGAAAGGACUUCAUCCAGGUCUCUAAUGUAAAAGAUUCUCUCUAUAGUCUACAACAAAAGUCUCUAAUGUAAAAGAUUCUCUCUAUAGUCUAAAACAAAAGUCUCUAAUGUAAAAGAUUCUCUCUGUAGUCUACAACAAAAGAAAAUCAUGAUCUAAAGGAAAGAACUCUCAAACACACACACACUGUACAAUUCCAUGUACACAACAGGUACAAUACUCAUGUACACAA